ACUCUAAAUGUGACAGAAGAAAAAUUUGUGUUGGAUACACUAGCUGGAUGCACAGAAUAUAAAUCCUUAUUGGAUGUAGUAGUCAAUGCCUUCUUUGUUCAGGAUGGGAGAUACUGCCUGACUUCUGAGCGUAAUCUCUAUAUAGUUAUUUGUUAUCUGGCUGCUUUUCAACUAGAAGAGCUCGGUUUUCAGCAGUUCAGCAGAAUUGUGAAAUCUCUGGACACGGCAAAAAUGCAUAAGUUUCUUAGAUUCUUCUUCAAUGCCUUGUAUUUGAACUCAUGGAUAGAAGAUGAAUGGAGCCAAUUCUACGAUUCAGUGUAUGUAAAAGAGAACUGGAUCGAUCCACUGCUAAGAUGGCAGCCAAAAGUACAGCAACUGAUCAAACAGCUCACGGAUAAAUUAAAUAAUCGUACUGCCACUGUCAAGACUUCGAGAGUCACUCAGCCAAAGGAAUUUAAUUUGACUGUACCCAAACCACGUGCCAUUCCUGUACCUCUGCCAAUACCAGUACUGGAAAAAAGGCCACCUGUUCCUCCAAGCACCUACAGACCUCCAAAGGAAAAAAAGCAACUAGAGGAAAUCAAAACAAAAAAUCGCCAAAAAGCAGAAGAUCUGCUUCAGAAGGCAAAUGCUAACCAGUUCAGGUGUGCAACCAUGAAGUCUGAAAAGGGAGAGAUCACACAUGACAGUAUGAAGAGUAAACCAGCGUUCCAAGCUCAAAAGAUCCAAAGCAAGAUUGACCAUAUACCUAUCAAAUUAAAUGCCGCGGCUAUUUUAAGAGAGGGUGCCCUCUAUCAGCGGAAAAUGGAAGAAGAGCUCAAGAGAAUUGAAAAUUUGCUACAAGGGGCUGGAGACCCAUCUGAAUUCUUGGAAUGGCAAAAACAGAUGCGUGGAAAAGAUUUGGAGGAGCAGCUGACUGAUAUAGAGUGUAGGAGGCUUCAAGGGAAACUGAGUCAUGAAGAGGCAGUUCUAGCCCAUCAGAAUGUAAUUCAAGAAAACAAGAAGAAAGCUGACCUAAUGAGAGAAGAGAAAUCAGAGCUGAUGCACCAGUAUGCAGAGAAACGUCUACAGGAACAGAAAGAAAUGAGAGAGCUGGUGGAGCAGGUCGUGGAAGGACACAAGAAUGCAAAGCAAGCGAAAAUAAAGCUCCAGAAAUACAAACAGCAGAUAGUUCAGGAAGUUUGUGAAGAAAAUCGAGAACUUCUUCGGCAAGCUUUAGAAGAAGAGGAGGAAAAGCUUAGGAAAAGAUAUGAAUUAAUUCAACAAAUACGAGCUAUUGAGUCUUUACCAAGCAUCAGACACAAGUUUGUUGAUUUAACUGAGACUGCUGGCCAUGGUUUAAUUUGUGAAAUGUCAAUAGUGGAACUACGUGAACGCCUCGCUCUACUCAGAGAAGCACAGAAGGCAGCAGAGGAAGAGAAGAGAGACCAGAUAAUUCAUGAAAAACGAGCUAAGGAACAACUUCUUCUAGACAAACUGGACCAGAUUUCGGUGUUCAGAGCAGAACUUGGACGAGCAGCUGCUUUGAAGCAAGAAGAAAAGAAAAGAAAGUCCCAGUCUGGUGAAAGGGCUAUGAAAGAUGAACGCAUUUUAAACUUGCAGAAAAAGAUUGUAGAAAAAACGAUGGAGCGUAAAAAGCAAGCAGGACUCUUAAAGAUUACCCCCCAGAAAACCCGCAUCACAUCAAGGAAGGACGCUUUGCAAUGGAACCAUUGGAAGGAACUGGAAGAGAGUCGGGAACGACAGUUCAAGAUCCUUCAACAUGGCUUCAUGGCCAGAGAAAUAGCUCAGAAAAUGGCUGCCUAUGAGGCAGCAAGAAGUGGAGCCACAGUCUGUAUACUGCGCUCUGUGGAGCCACAGUCUGUAUACUGCGCUCUGAAGUGA